AUCCAACCCUGUAUUUUGUGACAAAGAAGGGAAGAACUCAAAAUAACAUUGUGGCAAAAGUGGAAAAAUGUACUGACAAAAAAAGAAGAAAAAGGGUACUUAAAGCACUUAACAGCCAACUCAGCAUGUUCCAAGCACUUAACAGAGCUUCAAGUUCGAAACCAUUGUUGAAUUCGAUGGCCUCUUCGCCUUCUUUAAUGAAGGUUUUGAUACUCUCCGUGUCCCUGGUUUUCCCUUGUUUUCUAGAUUUAAUGCCAUCACAUUUUAAACCCGUGGCAGCUCCAAUACUCUCCUCCCUUGGAAGUUUUCAAAAUCACAAAUAAGAGUGAUCCAGAGCAGAAAUCUAUGAAGGAUAAACAAAAACGAGAAGCCAACUUUCCGUAAGCCAUUUCAACAUUUCAGGUCACGAGAAAAUGGAAAUUCAGAAUUGAAAUGUGAAGUUCUCCAUUAAGGCAGCGUCUAAGUUUACCACAACAUAUAGGAAUAAGCAGCGGAAGUCAAGUAGAAGUGGUGACUACCAGAAACAAAUAAAUGGUUUUAAGUUCACAUUUGAAGAAGACGAGGGUGAACAUGUUUCAUUGUGGUAAAACUAGAAUAAGUAACAGCUCCUAUUUCCCAGGCUUUUAUUUAUAACCAUUCUGCUUGCAACACGUAUAUUCAACAACUGCACACCAGCGUCGCCAAGAAUGCGCCUUAAGAGAGUAAAUAAACUCACCCUUUCAUAAGUGACAUGGGAUUUAGCUUUGCUAUUCGUCCAUUGUUUCAAAACAAGCUUAUCAACAUGUAUGUCAAGUGCGGUAGUUUGACGAAUGCUCGUAAAGUGUUUGACGAAAUGACAGAACGAGACGGUUUAUCAUGGAAUGUGAUUAUUGCAGCUUACAGAAGACAUGGGUAUCCUCACGAAGCAUUGACACUGUUUCACCAAAUGCAAAGAACAGGUUUCCAACCUGAUCAGUUCACCUUUGCCAGCCUCCUACCAGCCUGCGCUACAAUAGGAGCUUUGGAACAUGGAAUGGACAUCCAUCAAAGCAUAAUUCAAAGCGGACUUUUGUCAGAUAUUGUGGUUACAAAUGCCCUAAUAGACAUGUAUUCAAAGUGUGGAAGCAUUAACAAGGCACGGGAACUGUUUGACAAAAUGCCUCAAAGAAAUGUCAUCUCGUGGAAUGCUACGAUUGCAGGGUAUGUACAAAGUGGUGCUCUUGACGAGGCUUUAAGACUUUUUAGAGAAAUGCCUGGACGAGAUGAGGUCUCAUGGAAUGUGAUGAUUGCAGGAUAUGCACAAAAUGGACCUUUUGAAAAGGCAUUGGACACUUUUAAGCAAAUGGAAAUGGCAGGAGUAAAGCCAAAUCCCAGAACCAUUACCAGUGUACUCCCAUCCUGUGCAAAAAUGGGAGCUUUGGAAGAGGGUAUGGAAAUACAUCGAAGCAUAAUCAAAAGUGGAUUUUUGGCCGAGGAUAUAGUUAUGAGUGCCCUAGUGGGUAUGUAUGCAAAAUGUGGAAGCAUACAUAAGGCACGGGCACUAUUUGACAAGAUGCCUCAAAAAAAUGUGGUUUCCUGGACUGCCAUGAUUGCAGGAUAUGCACAAAAUGGGCUUAUUGAAAAGGCGUUGGAGAAUCUAAAGCAAAUGCAAUUGACAGGAGUAAAUCCAAACUCCGCAACCUUUGUUAGUAUCCUCCCAGCCUGUGCCAAAAUGGGAGCUUUAGAACAGGGUGUGGAAAUCCAUCAAAGCAUAAUUGAAAGCGGAUUUUUAUCAGAUGUUGUAGUUGUGAGUGCUCUUGUAGACAUGUAUGCAAAAUGCGGCAGAAUACACAAGGCGCGUGAACUUUUUGACAAAAUGUUUCAACGAGAUGCAGUCUCAUGGAGUGUGAUGAUUGCAGGUUACGCAAUGCAUGGAUUCCAUAAGGAUUCUCUCAGACUCUUUGAACUAAUGAAGCACUCCGGAACAUACCCUGACCACAUAAGUUUCGUUAGUGUUUUAUUUGCAUGCAGCCAUGCAGGUUUAGUGGAAAAGGGCGCAAAACAUUUCAAUGCUAUGAGUAACGCUUACGGCAUUAUGCCUACAAUGGAUCAUUUUAUAUGUAUGGUUGACAUUCUUGGCCGUGCUGGCUAUCUUGAAGAAGCUCUAAAAUUUAUCAUCAAAAUGCCAGUAAAACCAGAAGUAGUCGUGUGGAUGUGUUUGCUUGGUGCUUGUAGAUCACGUAAAAACACAAGGCUUGGUGCGUUUACAGCUAUUCUCCUUUUUGAGCUGGAUCCUAAAUAUACUGCACCUUAUGUUCUUCUCUCAAACAUCUAUGCAGAAGUGGGUAGGUGGGGUGAUGUUCAACAGGUAAGGAAGUUAAUGACAGAUAGAGAGAUUAAAAAGGUACCUGGAUGUAGUUGGAUUGAAGUCCAUAAGGUGGUACACGUUUUUUAUGUAGGCGACAGGUUACACCCACAAACACAGGAGAUCUAUGCAGAGUUGCAGAAAUUGUCCUGGGAGAUGAAGGCAGAAGGGUAUUUUUCAGAUUCAAGAUAUGUAGUGAAUGAUGUUGAGGUGGAGGAAAAAGAAACAUUCCUCUGCCACCAUAGUGAGAAGUUGGCUAUUGCAUUUGGAUUGUUAAACACUUCUCCUGGAACAACCAUUAGAGUUGUCAAGAAUCUUCGGGUAUGUGUUGACUGCCAUACUGCAACCAAGUUCAUUUCCAAGAUUGCUGGAAGAGAAAUUAUUGUGAGAGAUUGGAACCGGUUCCAUCACUUCAGACAAGGCCAAUGUUCUUGUGGAGAUUAUUGGUGAUGCCAAGCAAAGCAAGCCUAAACAGAGGCUUGCACCAUCAAGGUGCAUUGUGUCAGACUUGCAGUGGCAGGGGUUAUGCUUUAUAAUAUGUAAAGAGUGCUUUUACCAAGUGUUCAGAGAGCUAGACCAUGCUGUUGAUUUCAUAAGCUCAAAUGUCUGCUAGUAGUCUGUUGGCAUUGGGUGCAUGGAUAAUUGGUCUGCUUCAGCUUAAUGCCAAAGAGUAAGGGGAAGGUUUUUGGCUCAUGGGAUUUGGCACAAGGCUUUGGAAAAUUCUGUCUUCUUCCAUCGAAAGAAACGGUGGAGUCUACAUUUGAAAAUUAUAUGGGCUCUAUGUAAAAUUGAUAUUAUAUGUGUUGUGACCGUAUUUUGUAUGUGGUUUUGCACUGGGUGUAUAAACUGAUCUGCUAGAUAUUAUAGGUUUAUUUUAUGAGCUGUGACCGGAGGUUUUCUUCCCAGGGUUCUUUCCUCUGGUAUGCUCUUUGAAUCCUGUGUAAAAUUUUUUUUUUUA